UUGGAAAAGUAGCUGGGUCUGGGUUUGAAUGGUGUGGGUCUGCCAGAGCAGCUGGUGUUGAAUUGUCUGCAUGGGGGACUUGUGAAGGUGGCUGCUGCAUGUGUCUCUAAUGUCUAGUUUAGGCUCCACCACCACUUUUCUGCCUGAAUCAGUUAUGGACACAUCCAGGGAUACCUUGUCAUCAUCAGAUGUUUCCCAUGUUGAGACAGAGUCUCUACAUGUUAAAGACCAAGAGACACAAGCCGAUUUGGAGCGGCUCAGCCUGGAGGGGUCGGAGUACUCAAACCAAGCUUGUACCGCAUUAAAGGAGAUGCAGACAGGGUUUGAACUUACUGUGCAGAUAGCUCAGUAUAAAGACAACAAGCAGCAGCAGCAGCAUGAGAAAAUGGAUGCUUCCAGAGGAACCCCAACAUCAUCGUACAUCCCAGAUGAUAUGACAGAGGGCCUGGAUGGCAAGAGCCAAUCAGUCCAUGUGGAGAACAGGACAAAGAGAGAAGGUGACACUUUGCAGCCAGAAAGAUUCACCAGCAUGGGUGAGAUCAGCAAUCUGGAGGAGCUGGCACAACCAGACAACAGGCCCAUCACAGCUGCUGACCUCGAGCUGGAGAAGAUGAGGUGGGAUUCUGCACUGAUGAGGCUGAAACACAAACAUGAAGACAAUGAAAAGCAGCGGCAGCAUGAAAAGACUAUGGAGGAGAUAAAUCAGCAAGCAACAUCCAGAUCAUUUGGCCAAGGACUCCAUGACCUACUCCGGCCCCAAAACCAGUACACCUUGUUCCUAUACUGUUUUAUCUUUAUACACCUCAUUUACACAGUGAGGGAGCUAGCCUUCUAUUUUGUUAUAAAGCACUACCUGUUCUGUUUUGCCAUUGUGCUCUGUUUCAUUUUCAAGAAGAUUUUCCAGGAUUACAAAAAUAAGAAAAAAUGUUGCUAAAGCAACUGCACAUUUCCUAUAGUGGAAACCGAUGCUGAUCUGCUCCUACUUUUUUCCAACAUUUUGUGUUCCCCAUCUCUAUUAUCUCACUAGCACUUGGCCUAGUAUUUUCACUGUCAUUGUAUACACAAAGCUCUAACGUACGCAAGUUUAACUUGCGCCUUUUGAAGACUGAAGCUGAAUAUCAUCAAUCAAUUACAUAGUCUACCAUUAACAUAUUCAGCAUAAUUCUGUCACAUUCACCUACACUAAUAAAGGUACAUGUCAUAGAAAUUGC